AUGACGGAUGUUCCAACCGGUGGCAGAAUCGUGCCUGUAGUCGAGGCCCAUCAGCAUUACUCCAUUCGUCCUGCCGAUGAGGCCGUGGCCGAACAACGCCCCCCAACACAACAGCUCCCAGCCCACCCCCCACAACCGCAGCAAGAGGAUGAUAGUGAUGGACGUUCAAGUCAGAAGCUACCGCCUCAGUCGCAGGUGAAAUCGUCAAAAAUUACGCGCAGCAAAAAUGUGGAGACGGAAUGCCUGGAGCUUCCGUGUCUCAGCAAAUUAGGGCUCUAUGCUCUCCCUACAGAGGGCGACGGCAAUUGCUUAUAUUACGCCCUCUCGGACCAGUACUAUGGAGAUUUCACCCAUGCCGACGAAAUUCGUGUCCGUCUCGCAGAUCACAUCGCUGCCAAUAAAGAUUACUUUAUGAAUUUUAUAGCCGCUGUUGGUGGAGAGCGCAGAGCGCCCAGGCGGGCGGCAGCGUCGGCGGCUCGAUACGCGUACUGUUCCUCCUCUUCAGCCAGUCCCGCCCCUCCUCCAACGUCCAAGGAUAAAGAGCGGAGCUUUGAUUCCAAGGUGGCAGAGUCUCGGAAGAAGGGCGUUUGGGGAGGAGCAGAAGAGAUCCAGGCGUUUUGCCAGUCAUAUAAAAGGGAUGUUAAUGUCUACACUAUGUAUGGCAUCCAGAACUUCCGCGACGUCCAUGCUUCAGAUGACGAAGAGCGGGAGUCUGUGCAUAUUGCUUUUCAUGAUUUCCAUCAUUAUUCCUCGGUACGGCAUACCGAAGGCCCCCACACAGGCUUGCCAUGUAUACCCACAGCUGAGCAGACACUCCAAAAAGAAGCGUCAACAACGGGACCUACUGUCGUAGAUAUGGCUAGCCCGUGGAAAAUAUCGGCCAUCCAGGAAGGUCUUGGUGGCAAGUAUGACCGGGACACGAUCGUAGGAAUGCUUCAACAAUGUCGCGGUAACAUCGACAGGGCAUUCGAGAACCUACUUGGUGAAGAUACCAGUGCACACCCGGCAGAGACUUCUGCUUCUAAAGCCAUCAUGAAAUCUCGUCUUCGACAGCCGUCCUCCCGGUCUUCCUCUCCCUUCAGCACAGGCAGUAAGCGCUCCGCAGAUGAGAGUGAGCUUGAGGACAACCCUCAACCGGCUAUGCGGCGCAAUCGCGCUAGAGAUCAAAAACGCCGUAUCCUUCCUGAUGUAACGGUCGGGAUUGCCUUCCGGGACGAUCAGAAUGACCUUGUAUCCUUACGGUUACGAGUCAGCCCGGAUGCGGUCGCAGGACAGGCGGUGACUACAGAGACCCCUAGCCAGACAGAGAGUGAUUCCUUUGAGUCAGGAUCCGGAUCCGAUGGAACCGGAGUUUCAGAGAAAGACACGAAGUCCAGGACCAAGCAAAAGCCAGCUUCUAGCGAGCCCUCCACCCAGAAGAGCGAAGCAAAGGAAGAGCCGAAGCCACGGCGGAGCCAACGUCUCACCAAAGCUCGGAACGCUUCAAAACCUGUAUAA